AUAACUGCUUCAGCUUCAGCCUUGCGGACAUGUUCCGCAUAGUGCACGCAUGGCCCUAGGUCCCGCCCACUUCCACAGUAGUGGCCAGCCAGAAUGCACGCGCUCCACGCCGCAUUGAUGUCGCGCCGAGGAGACGGCUCUGAUUGCGCGGGGGUGCAGCAGCUGUUGGCGGCACUGGAGGCUGCAGGGCCUGAGCUGACGACCAUGGACGUCCUCAUUUGCUCCCCAGGGGGCGUGGGCAGCACACAGCUUUCCAACCACCUCAACGCACACGGCGUGACCACCAACCUCCUCACGGACACCGACAACCUGAGGCACUGUCCGCGGCCACCUUCCUUUGCUUCCAGUCCAGCUGCUUCAGGGCCAGCGGCUUCAGCAGCCAACCCAACCAUACCGGUACCUGGAACCGCAGCCGACAUCGCACCAGCGCCGGAUCGGCGUGACCGUGGGACCACUGCCAGCAUCAGCGCCGGAACCACCACCGGCAUUAUUUCCGCUGCGUCCGGGACAAAACCAGGGCAAGGCGGCGGGCCCGACCAGAACCCGCCGCACCUACCGCAGCCGCCGCAGCCGCCGCGAGUGCCACAGUGCCGCCCCCGCCACGUGGUGUAUCUGUACGGUGACCCACUGGCGGCAGUGGCCAGCCACUACCGCAGGGGACACGCCUGCCACCAGGCUCAAAAGACCAGUGGCCACCCGGCGCGGCUGUCACCCGCCAACUUCCCAGCCACGUUUGCGGAAUACGUGUCCAGGGGCGAGGACUUGUUUGGGCUGGAGGACCACUUCCGCGGCUGGCUCGCCGCGCCGGCUGACUACCCCGUCACCCUGGUCAGGUAUGAGCACAUGUUCGACAUGGAUGUGGCGCUGCCGCUGUUCACCAUGCUGUGCGGCCAUAAGCUGUCGGAGCAGCAGGUGAACGCCAUGGCCGAGGCGUUUGUGGCGUCGAAGCGGCCUCGUUCCAGCCAGGUCCCGGCCGAGUACUACGGCCGCAUGUACGGACGGCUGCUGGCAGACAUGGACGCACUGCCGGCCCUGCACACACGGGAUGCAGCGGGCGUUGGUGGGAGCGCAACCUCCUGAGCGGCUUGCAUACGCGCGCGCGUGUGUUACUGGGAGCAUGGCAUUCUUGUGGUGCAUUGUUGUCUAGCCAAGUUGCCUGGCCUGAAAUUUGCAUAUACGAUCAGUGCUUGGUAACCAUGGCUGAUAGUAGCUUGGUUGUACAUGGUCAUGUUGGCCAAUUUGGCUGACAACUUUCAAUACGCAUUUUGGGCUGUCUGCUGCCCUUGGUGUCUCAUGACAACUUUCAAUACGCAUUUUUGGGCUGUCUGCAGGCCUUAGGGUGUCUUAUGGGUUGAGUUUCAGUGCUUUGCUACCUAUCGGCCUGUUCGUCACUGGCGGCACUGACAGCACGUUAAAACUUUGCUGAGAUGCAUGUGCUACCUUGUAACCAAUGCAAUCUACCUGGUAGCAUGUCAUCUUUACGGUGCAUUGUCGGUGUCAGUGCCAGGAUGUGCCAACAAGAUAGUGCCAUCGGCUGGUUGGCCAAGCACGAGCUGCAGACACAUCGAGAGUCUGAGACUGACGGAGUAUGAAGCGGGAGAGGCGGUGCUGCGGUGGCACGCGCGUACUUGCACAAAUGCACGCGGGUGUGUUGUGGUGCACACCUUGGGCGUGGGCCGGUGGAGGGGUGGCGAGAUUACGUAGUGGAUGACGGGCGUCAUGUCGCAUCACCAUGACUGCUAAGUGUCUGAUCGUAAUUAUGAAGGACA